CCGCGGUUUGGUUCCGGUGCAGGCCGGGCCGCCGCUCGCGGAGGGGAAGCGGCUGCUCUGGCCAGCGGCGCAUCGACCCCGGCGAGUGCCGCUCCCGGGCCCGGCUGCGGGCCCCCAGCAUGUGAGCCGCCGCCGCGGGGGGAUGCUCGUACCCGGCGGCGGCCCGCCCCGCGCCAUGGAGAGCCCGCCGCUCGUCAUCCGCAUCACCAUCCCGGACGGCGGCGCCGUGGACUGGACCGUGCACCCCGCGCCGCAGCUGCUCUUCAGGGACGUGCUGGAUGUCAUUGGACAGGUUUUGCCUGAUGCAACGACAACAGCAUUUGAAUGUAAAGCUACUGUUUUUAUUAGGUGUGAUAGAAACCUAUGCUUCCUGAUGGAUAUCAGGAAGAAGAAGCAUGACGGGGCAGAUGAGCAUGAGACAGGAAAGAAUUCAUAUGAAGAUGAGGACGGUGAUCGGAUUACUGUUAGAAGUGAUGAAGAAAUGAAAGCCAUGCUAUCCUAUUAUUAUACCACUGUAAUGGAACAGCAAGUAAAUGGACAGUUAAUAGAACCUUUGCAGAUAUAUCCAAGAGCCUGCAAGCCUCCUGGGAAACGCAACAUACAUGGCCUGAAGGUAAAUACACGAGCAGGGUCUGCUAAUAAUAGCAGCUCAGCAGUCUCGGAUUCCCUUCCAAGCAAUAGCUUAAAGAAGUCUUCUGCAGAACUGAAGAAAAUAUUAGCUAAUGGCCAGAUGAAUGAACAAGACAUACAAUAUCGAGACGUCCUCGGUCAUGGCAAUGGAGGCACGGUCUACAAAGCAUAUCAUGUCCCUAGUGGCAAAAUACUGGCAGUAAAGCUCAUACCUUUAGAUAUUACACUGGAACUCCAAAAGCAGAUUAUGUCGGAAUUAGAAAUCCUUUAUAAGUGCGACUCAUCUUAUAUCAUAGGAUUUUAUGGCGCUUUUUUUGUAGAAAACAGAAUUUCACUAUGUACAGAAUUCAUGGAUGGUGGUUCUUUGGAUGUUUACAGAAAAAUUCCAGAGCAUGUACUAGGAAGAAUAGCAGUAGCUGUUGUUAAAGGCCUUACCUAUUUAUGGAGUUUAAAGAUUUUACACAGAGAUGUGAAACCCUCUAAUAUGCUGGUGAACACACGAGGACAGGUGAAGCUGUGCGACUUUGGGGUUAGCACACAGCUGGUGAAUUCUAUAGCCAAGACGUAUGUUGGAACAAAUGCUUAUAUGGCGCCUGAACGAAUUUCAGGGGAACAAUACGGGAUUCAUUCCGAUGUAUGGAGUUUAGGGAUUUCCUUCAUGGAGCUUGCUCUUGGGAGGUUUCCAUAUCCUCAGAUUCAGAAAAACCAGGGAUCUUUAAUGCAGCCUCUCCAGUUAUUGCAGUGCAUUGUUGAUGAGGAAUCGCCAGUCCUUCCGGUUGGGGAGUUCUCUGAGCCAUUUGUACACUUCAUCACUCAAUGCAUGAGAAAGCAACCAAAGGAAAGGCCAGCACCUGAAGACUUAAUGGGUCACCCAUUCAUCAUGCAGUACAAUGAUGGGAAUGCUGAAGUUGUCUCCAUGUGGGUGUGCAGGAUGCUGGAGGAGAGGCGGUCUCACCAGGGCCCUCAGUGAGCAGCAAUGAAUCACAACAGGGGUGAGGUGAAAGAGAACCGGGACUAGCAAAAGGAAAACCAGCCCCACGUCGCACUGUCAAGAGAGAUGGCAUAUUCCACAGAAAAAAUAUUUUUAGAAGCAUCAACAAAACCUUUCAGGAUAUUUGCUGCUGCUUUUUCUGACUUUAGGGCAUUUUCUCCACACAUUUCCUUUGUUGCUGACUGGUUUAAUGUCCUCAAAUUGUCUUCAAUCAAACUGUACACGGCCUUAAAGCAUCUAUAGUGUAUAUAUAUAUUUUUUGUUAUUGAGUGUACUGUAUAUUUCUUGGCUCCAGGCUAUUUUUUAACCCUUAAUCUUUUGCUAUUGUAAAAAUGACACUUUGACUGUACAAAGAAGUUUCUACGCAAGUGUAGACUGUCUUUGGCCGCAGACAUCAAGGAUGUGGGGCGGGGGGGAGGCGUUUAAUUGUAUUUGUUUAAUAAAACACGAAGCUGGCAUUCACCAUCCUUAUGACAGGUGAAGGUGUCUCUUGGAAGAAUAAAAAUACCACAAGUGUAUCAACAGUGGAGCCGUGAAAAUGUCAUGAAUUUUAUUUGUGGCUAUUGCAGGGUAAAAACCCCGACACGGGAUCAAAUCCUGCCUUUGAAGGCACUUGGAACCAUACUUGUAUCCCUGGGCAACUUGAGCCGUUAGGGUUUUUUAUACGAUUAACACGCUGUAUCUCUACGGUGUAGUUUCCAGUAAUCGGCCCCCUCUAGUCUUAAAUGUCCCAAGUCAUAAGGCUUCAUUCACCUCCCCUGGGAAAUUGUAUCCUAACCUAAAGUUUAUUUCUCAGUGUAGAUCCUGUUGCAAGCCAUAAUCCAAACACUGUCUUCUCCACAUCCCAGGUCAGCUCCUUCCCCGUUUUCUGAUACCCCAGCCCGCUUUGCCCCAUCCCCACCAGAACAGUGUCCCCAAACCCAGCAACUGCAGUCUCUCUCCAGAAAUUGAGAAGGAGUUUGCAAGGGCUAGAAGAAAGGGUCAGUGUUGCGGUCUGGGAAGGUAGGGCAGAGCCUGCUGGAGCGUGUUUUGAUUGGGACAGGAAGUUUUGGCGGAGUGGGCGCCUGAAGAAGUCUUGUGCUGAGGGAGGUGGAGUCCCCUUGCAGCAUUGACUCCUAGUAAUGGACACCCCAUCACUUGGGACAUUUAACAGGACGCUGAUCAAACAACUGGGAAAUGUCCUGAACAAUCCCGCACGGGGCCCCAGCGGGCUGGAGAAAAACCAAGGGGUUCUAAGAGCCUUGUGUCGCCCUCUUACCGAACAUAUGAACAUGAAGUGUUUUGUUUGUAUUAGACUGGUCAUGGAUAUAUUGGCAUUGAUCUAACAGGUUAAAAAUUGGGAAACCAAAAAAAAAUUGCCUUUAGUCCACUUUAAUGUAUUAUAAGGUUCCUGGGAGACCUUUUGAAUAAAUAAUAUAAGCAAAUAAACUA